GACAAAUAUAAACAGUCAUCAGCUGGACAGAUGCGGAAGUGAAGUCAGUUCUACAAAAUUUUUAAAAUGAAAGUAAAACCAAUUAUAGUAACUUGGCAUCGCUGGCGUCUUAACAAUAAGCUAAGGUUUCGUUGGCACAAUGAGCAAUUGCAUGGAGGAUGUUGUGCGCCUUUGUUGUGAAAUCUCAGCUGAGAAAAAGAUAAAAGCAGCUAUUACGAGCUCUGCGAAAGGAGCCGCAGCAGCCGGUGGGGGUGCUUUUGUGGGGGGGCUUCUUGGAGGCCCAGUCGGAAUAGCUGUUGGUAGUGCUGUGGGAGGUGCCCUGGGGGCAUGGAUGACAAGUGGCCAGUUCAAACCUCUUCCUGAGAUCCUCAUGGAGCUUGCUCCUGCACAGAAGGAGAAACUCUACUCUGAAGUGAUGGCAGUAUUGGGCACAAUGAAAUGGACCAACCCUGCUCAGCUAAUUAGUCAAGUUAUGGGAAAUGGCGUUCUGAAAGAUCAAGUGCUUGCUGCUAUAGUAUCUUAUGCCACAAAAGAGCUCAAAGCUGAUGUGAAGUAUGAUUGACUACUAUAGAUGGUGAAUGUCAUUCAGUCUAUUCUCUAAGUAGUAGUUUUUUAAACGAAGAUAUUUGUUAUAAACAAUCAUUUACUCAAUUGCUAUGGUUUUAUUAUUCACUUAAAUUUAAUUAUAUAGGGAAUUCAGUGUAUGAGUUGUGUUUUGAUUUUAUUUAGCAUACAGAUGUGUCUGGAGUCUGAUUAGCCUAUAUGUUGGUUAAUAAUGAAUUUGUCACAAUGAAUAGGCUGCUACAUCAUUUGGUAGGGGUGACAAAGUAUGGUUAAAACAAUGUGAUUGGUGUGACAAUAGUUCAAUACCUCAGCGACAAACUAAAAUACACAAGUUAACUGUUUACAUUCUACAAUGUUUUUCUUACAAUUUUACUUCUUUUGUAACACUAGCCUUUUCAAUAUACCUGCAGUGGGCAACUCGUGCUAUUGUAACAAUAAAUAGAGUUUUCUCUU